AUGCGAGUCUCCCCCCUGUCUCCUAUUUUGGACACACUUGAUGGGGCUGAUCACUCGAGCUUGGGAGAAAUAGUCAACGAGAUCAAAGCUGUCAAGGAUAACAAAUCAUUAUUAGUCGUAAAAGCAGAGAAAGGAAAGGGUAAACUGAAAAAGGAUCACUGGACUGCUGUUGUAGGUCACGAAGGUGGAGACAAAGAUGAUACGAGAGUACAAUUUUGGGACCCCCAACAGAAAGAACCUUUCUGGGUUGACUUUGAUGAUUUCGCAGAUAAGAGUGACAGUCUCUCUAAGAUUGGGAACGAGAGGGUCUCUGCAUGA